CGCAGGCGCAGGUUUGCGGCCUAGUUAGCGGAAGUCGACCACGGCCUUUCCUGAGCGGCGGAUCCGGCCAUGAGCGGCGCGGCGCUGGUCGGGUACAGCAGCUCCGGCUCGGAGGGCGAAGAGCAGGAGGAGGAGGGAGUGGAAAGCUCUUCCAGUGCCCCGGCCCCUCGGCUCCACGUGCCGGAGAGUGUCCUGCGCAUGUUCAAGGAGCAGGAGGAGCAGGAGGCGCCGCUGGACGAGAGUGAGAAGCACGGAGGGCGCCUGCGCACCUUCCCCCACGAACGGGGCAACUGGGCAACGCACAUCUAUGUGCCCUACGCAGCCGAAGAAGACUUCCAGGGCCUUUUGCAGGCGCUCCUCUCUUGCGCCCGGAUCCACGUGCCCUCGCUGAGCCCGCUCCCCGAAUUCCACAUCAGCCUCUCGCAGGUGGUGGUCCUGCGCUACCACUGGAUCGCCCCUUUCGUCCAGUCUCUUAAGGAGCGCCUGCGGUCAGCCUCCAGGUUCAUUUGCAGAGCGGACCAAGUGAAGGUUUACACCAACCAGACCAAAACCAGGACCUUCCUUGGCCUGGAAGUCUCUUCUGGGCAUUCAAAGCUGUUGGAGUUGGUUUCCGAAGUGGAUAAAGUCAUGGAGGAGUUCAGCCUGGCCCCCUUCUACAAGGACCCCUCCUUCCACCUGAGCCUGGCCUGGGGCCUGGGAGACCUGGCCGAAGCUCUGGGAGGACCCUGCCUGCAAGAGCUCCAGGAGACGGUGGACGGCUUUGAGGACUCCUCGUCCUUCCUCCGCAUCCCCGGGACAGAGGUCCGGUGCAAGUCGGGCAAUAAGUUCUUCUCCUUCCCUUUGCGGUAGCGACAACGGCGGCGGCACCAAUGCCUUUUCGUUCCCGUGUCAUCAAUCCUGGAUUGACAGGAGGCUUCUGAUGAUGUUCCCGGCUCCGGCUUGGCUCCGGCUUCCUUUGCAAAGGCUGGCCAGAAUCCCGAGGGCGAUGCCACAUUCGCAGCCCUUUUUGGAGACUCUUGGGAUGAGGAAGGGACGGAGGGCAGAGGAAGGAGGGAAGGAAAAAGGAAGGAAAAGAGAGAAAAGGAAAGAGGGAGGGUAGGAAGGGAAGGGGAAGGGAGAGAGGGAGAAAAGGGAAGAAAGGAAAAUGAGAGAGGGAGGAGAAGUGAAGGAAGGAAAAAGGAAGGAAGAGAGGGGGGAGAGAGAAAAGGAAGGAGGGAGGGUAGGAAGGGACAGGGAAGGGAUGGAGGAAGGAAGGAAGGAAAAAAGAGGGAGAAGAAGUGAAGGAAAGAAGAA